GCGCGACCUCUUUCAGCACUGCAACGGUGGCGCCGCAUUUUCCAGCACUAGCAUGGCCAUAGGAGCUACAUAAUUGUUUAAUAAACAAUUAAUCACUUAAUAUAAACAAAAACCAGUGCAAAUAGUGAGUGCGAUGUAAAUCAGCGGUUGUCGUGCAAAGAGAGUUACCUCACAGCAGCUGAAAACACACAUACAACAACAGCACAACAGAAAAAAAAAAAAAAAAAAAAAAAACAAAAACAAUCAUAAUAACAGCAACAACAACAAACACACGAAAAACCAACCACAACGCAAAGGAGAUUGAGAUUCGCAACGCAAUCAAAAAAAAAGACAGACAACUGAAAAACACGGCAAAGGAAAUUACAAGGCGAAACACACAAGUAAAUAAAAGAAAAAAAGAAUAAUAAUAGUAGUAAUAAAGCGAGGAGCAAGUGGAAAAGUACGAAGGCGAAAAAGAGAAAACAUAUGUACGUUGCGUGAGAGUGACGUGUGUGUGUGUGUGUUAGCUGCCCCCCGCGUAUGUGUGCGUGUUUGUGCCUGCGUGCGUGAGCGAGAGGGGGCGAGGAGCAUAAGCGGAGACCUUGAAAACUUUAAAAGCAGCAAAAACAACAACAAAAAACACACAUCAAAAAAUAUUUUUUUAAUAAAAUAUUAAAACGACGAAGAGGAGCGAUAAAAAACAACACACACAAGAGGAGAGGAGCGGGGGGAGUAACCUCUGUUAUGGAGAGUGACGACUACCAUUUACCGCAAGGCGCCAAUUGAUUUUCAACGAAGAGAGAGAGCGAGAGCCAGAGAGCCAGUUGCUGGCGAGGAUUACGCCAGCAGAAGGAGAGACGCCAAGCUAGCCCCAAGCAAUGGCAGCAGCCGCCGAAACGGCACCCGUGGACGUGGUGGGUGGCGGCUCCGGAACGGGCUCAUCCUCCGCUGAGGCGGCCAAUGGCCGGGAAGCCCGCAAUCUGGCCGAGAAGCAGCGACGUGAUAAGCUCAAUGCUAGCAUCCAGGAGCUGGCCACCAUGGUGCCGCAUGCGGCGGAAUCAUCACGGCGGCUGGACAAGACCGCCGUCCUUAGGUUUGCCACGCAUGGCCUCCGCUUGCAGUAUGUCUUUGGCAAAUCUGCAUCCCGUCGUCGCCGGAAACUUGGCCUUAAGGGUUGCUCCAACUCCAACUCAAACUCCUCAUCCACCACAGAGCAGCUGCCCACUAUCCAGAAUCCCAGCCUGCAUCUCACGGACACGCUGCUGCAGCUGCUGGACAGCUGCUUCAUCACACUCACCUGCAGCGGGCAGAUUGUGUUGGUCUCCUCGAGCGUUGAGCAGCUGCUGGGACACUGUCAAUCGGAUCUGUAUGGCCAGAAUCUGUUGCAAAUCACCCAUCCCGAUGACCAGGCCCUGUUACGACAGCAGCUCAUACCCAGGGACAUUGAGACACUGUUCUACCAGCAGCAGCAUCAGCAUACACCCCAGCAGCACUCCACUUCCACCUCGGCCUCGGCCUCGGGCAGCGAUCUGGAAGAGGAGGACAUGGAGCGGGAAGAGGAACACCACCACCACCACCAUCAGCAGCAGCAGCAGCAGGAAAAUGAAGACGAGGACAGGCUAGGCGAGGAUCCCUAUAACCGACGCACGCCCAGUCCCCGCAGCAUAGCCCAUCUGGCGGCCAUCGAUGAGCGCCUGCGUUCCGAUCGCCGCUGCUUCACCGUUCGCCUGGCCCGUGCCUCCACCCGAGCGGAGGCCACACGCCACUACGAGCUGGUGAAGAUCGAUGGCUGCUUUCGUCGUAGUGACUCCUCGCUAACCGGCGGUGCUGCAGCCAACUAUCCCAUUGUUUCCCAGCUAAUCCGUCGUUCCAGGAAUAACAAUAUGCUGGCUGCUGCUGCGGCAGCAGCGGCGGCGGCUGAAGCGGCAACAGUUCCGCCACCGCAGCAGCAGCAUGAUGCCAUCGCUCAGGCGGCAUUGCAUGGAAUUAGCGGUAAUGAUAUUGUUCUAGUGGCCAUGGCCAGGGUGCUGCGCGAGGAACGAUCGGUGGAGGAGGCGACAGCCGAGGGAAUGAAUGGAAUGACCUUCUACCGGCAGCCAGAGCCCUACCAACUGGAGUACAAGACAAGGCAUCUAAUCGACGGCAGCAUCAUUGACUGUGAUCAGCGAAUUGGCCUGGUGGCCGGUUACAUGAAGGAUGAGGUGCGCAAUCUGAGUCCCUUCUGCUUCAUGCACCUGGACGAUGUGCGCUGGGUAAUUGUGGCCCUGCGCCAGAUGUACGACUGCAACAGUGACUAUGGCGAGAGUUGUUACCGUCUGCUCUCCCGCAACGGUCGCUUCAUUUACCUGCACACCAAGGGUUUCCUUGACAUUGAUCCUGGCAGCAACAAGGUACACUCCUUCCUUUGCGUCAACACCCUGCUGGACGAUGAGGCUGGUCGACGAAAAGUUCUCGAGAUGAAGGAGAAAUUUUCAACAAUUAUUAAAGCAGAGAUGCCCACACAAAGCAGCAGUCCGGAUUUGCCCGCCUCCCAGGCACCCCAGCAGCUGGAGAGGAUUGUCCUCUAUUUGAUUGAGAAUCUGCAAAAGAGCGUGGAGGGUUCAUCAUCGGGUGGUGAGGCAGCAAGCGGACAGCCUUUGGAUACGCUAAUGGAUGAUGGCUAUAGUUCACCGGCCAAUACAUUGACUCUAGAGGAGCUGGCACCCUCGCCAACGCCAGCCUUGGCUUUGGUGCCGCCGGCCCCUUCGUUGGUGAAGAACUCAAUUUCAAAGUCGGUGAGUGUGGUUAAUGUGACGGCCGCCAGAAAGUUUCAACAGGAGCAGCAAAAACGGGAAAGGGACCGGGAGCAUCAGCAGCAGCAGCAGCAGCGGGCCUCGCAAAGCGUAAUCCGGCAAUUGAGCAGCUGCCUCAGCGAGGCGGAAACGGCCUCCUGCAUUUUAUCGCCGGCCAGCAGUUUGAGUGCCGGCGAGGCGCCUGAUACCCCCGAUCCGAAUAGCAAUACGCCGCCGCCGCAGCCAGCGAUUCAUGCUCGUCCCAGUGUCCUGCAUCGAUCCUUGACCAGCACGCUGCGAUGACGUGCCGAUGGGACUUGGUAUGCCUUCUAAAAUGGGUGUGGAACUAUGGCCACGUACAUCGACGGCACAAGCACACUUGGAGGAUUGAGAGAGAAGGAUCGGUGAAUAUAAUCAAGGUUUUAAGAUAUCCUAGAAAUGUAAAGGAAGUUGAGGAAGGGCGGGAGCAGAAGUCAUAGAAAAGAUUCUAGAUUCCAGGCAUCAAUUUUCUUCUGUUUUUACCAACCACUAGUAUCUUUAACUUUAACUUCUUUCUAUUUUAACCAACAAUUUUUUAACAACAACUCCUUCCAAUCAACAACAAAGGUCCUUCAAGAACAACUUCUUGCUUUUUUAACCAACUUAUUUUUAUCAACAGCUCGUUGAAAUCAACAACAAAGUUGCUUUAACAACAACUUCUUUCUGUUUUAACCAAUGUUUUGAUGAACAACUUCAACAACAAAAGUCCUUUAACAACAACUUCUUGUUUUUUCAGAAACUUCUUAUCAAGAAGUCCUUCCAAUCAACAACAAAGGUGCAUUAAGAACAACUUCUUGCUUUUUAAACCAUAAACUCCAUUAAAUCAACAACAAAGGUCCUUUAACAACAACUCCUAUUUGUUUUCACCAACAACUUAUUUCACCAAUAAUCUGUUUCACCAACUCUUGCCUAUUUUGGUGGCUUUUCUUUUAGAUUAAAAAAAAACUAUGACAAGGGAUCAGAGAGAAAAAACAGAUAGAGAGAGAUUGUGGAGCAGUACAAGUCGCAUUUAUUUGUAGAUGAUUAUGACAGUAAUAAUUAUGCGAUCACGAUAAUUUCAAACUCGAUAGUUGUCUAGCUUAUGUAACAGCCCUUCUCCAAAACGAUAACAAUUUCCGGUGAUCAGAGAUAUAUAUCAACCAUAUCACCCGAUCCGAUCGAUCCAUCGAUCGUUCGCUGUGCUUUGUGCCGUCAAAGUCGUUCCAUAAACAAUAAUCUUCGUUAUGUAAUUACGUUUAAAGUGUAAAUAUGUGUGUGAA